AUGCCUCUGUAUGUUAGUGCAAUUUCGAUUGCGAAGUGAAGGACGUAAAACGAAUGGAGGUGGCUAAUGAACUACAGAUAAUAUGUCAAGCAUUUCGGAAGACACCAGUAAAGUGCAGAAUACUUCCAAUAAAGGAAAGAAAAUAUUGUCCGUGAAUUUUGUGUGUAUUUUCUAUUGAACUUGUGAAUUUUAUGAUCUAACUUAACAUUUUUAUUUAUUUACAUUUUAUACAACAUACAUUAUUUUUAUUUUAUUUUUUUUAAAAAUGCCUGUGAUAUUAUUAGACAGAAUUCUCCUGCCUAGUUUGCGGGUUUAUACGGCUAUAAGUGUUUUGUUGCUGUCAAUAUCUGUGUAUUAUGCAGUGCAAGUUACAAGUGAUCCAAAUUGGAAAACAAAUUCAACAUCUGCUUCUAGUCAGGGGUUGGGUGCCGGGUCGAGCACAUUGCAUGAUAGGGAAUUAAAUCAGACGGAUUCAAAUCAUGCGCGCAAUGAUACUCGCACCCUUAUCAAUCAAAUUACAGAAACUAUUACUUUCAUGAUACAGGAACCCCUAUGCAUUUGGACUCUUAUCAACAUGGCAUACUGUUGGCUAAUAUUAAUUGGACGUUGUGUACAACGACUUGUAUUUGGUGAACUUCGAGUCUCUGAACAGCAACAUGUUAAAGACAAAUUUUGGAAUUUUGUAUUUUACAAAUUUAUAUUUGUCUUUGGUGUAAUCAAUGUUCAGUACAUGGAUGAAGUAGUCCUGUGGUGUUCUUGGUUCUCAUUGUUGGGUUUCUUAAAUCUAUUAGCACAAUUGUGUAAAGACCGCUUUGAAUAUCUCUCUUUCUCACCAACAACACCAGGAUGGAGUCAUUUCCGUCUAUUAGUGUUACUUGUAGCCAUAUUAAUGAUUUCUGGAUUCAUGUUCUUGGUUUGUGUAGCAGUUGGGUUCUUUGGUGGUUUUAAUACAUUUGCAUUCAUGGCAGCAGAGUGUGUAUUGUUGGCAAUACGAACAUUACAUGUUAUAUUACGAUAUGCAUUACAUUUAUAUGAUAUGCGACAAUCAAAUGGUGGAGCACCAUCCGGUGAUAGUCGUGCAUGGGAGAAACGUGGUCCUGUCGCAUAUUACACAGAAUUAAUAUUCGAAUUAGCUGCACUUAUUGUUGAUUUUGUACAUCAUUUACAUAUGUUAUUAUGGAGUAAUAUAUUCUUGUCAAUGGCAUCACUUGUCAUUUGUAUGCAACUUCGAUACUUGUUCCAUGAAAUUCAACGACGUAUUAAAAAGCAUAGAAAUUAUUUAUGGGUACUCAAUCAUAUGCAACAAAAUUAUCCAAUGGCAUCGUCUGAAGAAUUGGCUGAAAAUUCAGAUAACUGUGCAAUAUGCUGGGAAAAGAUGGAAUCUGCUCGAAAAUUACCUUGCACACAUUUAUUCCACAACGCCUGCUUACAAUCAUGGUUGGAACAAGACACAUCAUGCCCAACUUGCCGUUUAACACUAAGUAUGGGUGCACCAGGUACAAUUGAUGCAGGACUCGAUAACAACGAUCCUGUUGUUGAUAAUCAACCAACAACUAGACGUGCACCAAAUCAUUUCUUUCAUUUCGAUGGUUCAAGAUAUGUGUCAUGGCUUCCUAGUUUCUCUGUUGAAGUGACACAUUCAAAUUCACUUCGUGGAGUUGAUCAACCGCCACCGGCUCAAACUUCACAAUUAGAUGCAAUGGCAAGACAAGUUCAGCAAUUAUUUCCACAUAUGCCAACUUCUACAGUUAUAGAAGAUUUGCGUGUAACAAGAUCUGUGGAAUUAACUAUUGAAAAUAUAUUGGAUGGCAGAUUAAUUGCACCAGCUAUAUUUAGAGAACCUGAAAUUAUUGCACCAAAUAUCAGUACAACAUUAACCAAUACCCAAAAGAGAUUAAACACAACUUUAACUCAAUGGGAUAAUAUGCCAGACAUACCAAUGGACAGUGUCGAAGAAAAUACAAUAUUGGGUGGACGAUUUUCAAAAUCAUCAAGUGAACGGGAACGUAUUUUACAUCGUCGAAAAGAACAAUUAAUAAUGGCAGCACGCAAGAAGUAUUUAGAGCGCAACAAGCAUAAACAUGAUGAUAAUAGUAGUAGUCAAGUAUUAUCUGAAAGUUGAAAUGAUUUGUAAAAUGUAUUUAAUAAUUUUUAAUUAGAGAUCUCGAUAACGAAUUAAUAAAAAAUUCGAUUUUAUAUGUCAAUGGCGUUAAAAAACAAGUAUUAUUAAUUCAAAAAAC